AUGUUUCUGUCCCUUCCUACAGUGACUGCCCUCAUUCUGUUGGUAUCUCUAGCAGGACUGUUGGCAGCCUCCGUGGAAGAAAACUCCCCACAAGACUGCACCAACACAACCAGCUUGUGCUUUCACGGUCUGCUUCUGCCCAUUACCAUACCAGUUUCUGUGUUCUUCCACCUUUGGACCUGGAUGGGUAUUAAACUCUUCAGGCAUAAUUAAUACAACCAGAGCCAAGAUGAUAUAUAUGUAUUAAUGAUAUGUCAUGAGCAUCCAUCUCUGAAAGCUCAACUACAUGGAAAUA